GGGGGGCAAACUGGGCCCGCACCAAAGGUCACUCUGGCAAAGGGUCAUUCUUGCGUGUAUAACGCGGACGCGGCCGCAAGAAACCCUCGCAAAAAACCCAACCUGGAAGACCCGCGCGAGAAGUGCGACUGGGGGGAAGCCCGGGGGACCCUGAACGCAGCAGCUUCUUCAACGGCCGCGGGAAGUCACCGCGCAGCGCGCGGAGCGAAGAACCCCCGGGCACCCCGACGAAGAGCACCUGGCUCCUUGAUGGGCGUCUCCACUGCAGUCGAGGGGGGCGGGCCGGGUCGGCUCUGCGUGGCUCCCGGGGUCGGGUCGGCCACAGGUGCGAGCGGCGGUGGCUCGUCGCCCCCUCGCGGCGGCGGCCGGCGGGCGGCUGCGACAGCGCCCCCCGCCGCGAGGGUGGCGGCGUGCGGCCAACGGCUGGAAAAAAAAAACUCGCAUCGUCGGGGGUCUCGGUCGGGCUCCUACGCGUCCUGGGCUGCCCCGCUUCGCGCCUAGAACGCCGCGCGGAGGCGCGGCUGCCUUCGCGCACUUCUGCGCCGCCGAGCCGAAGGAGGGCGCCUCUCUUACGAGAGCGGCGCCCAGCGUGCCACGUCUGGACUCCCAGGCCCCGCUACAACGCCGCACGGUACACAGGUUGUGCGGCCCCAAAGGGGCCGAGAAACUGUGCACCGCACCAUUCCCGGGCCGAGCAUCGACGACGCCUCGGGGGAGACGCCCACGCGGUACGGUGCACGUAAGCUGGCGGCGCGCACAAGGUGCCCCCCCCUGCGCGUGGCUGUCGAAGUCCUCCGCGCCUCCCCGGCCCAGGACGCGAGGCGCGCGGCGCAGGCUCGUCCUCGGGCCCCCGGCAGGUGGUCCGGGUCCCCCCAUCGGUCUCUCGAGGCCGCCCCUCCCUCGGGCUGCCACGCCCUCGCGCGGCCACCGCCGCCCGCGGAGAGUGCACGCGCCCAUACAAACGGGGCUUCACACGGUGCCUCGCUGGCAGACGCCGGGCCCGGGUCUCGGCCACGCCAGCGGCAGCGUCUGGCCGACCCCGGCCGUUGCAAGAGUCACCAGCGCCAGGCGGGGAGCUCGCCGCCCUG